CUUAAAGGUAUCCAUCUUUUUUCAAAUGAGUUGAAUGGUACAUUGGAGCUGGAUGGAUUAUCACAACUUGCCUAUCUUGAUUUGAGUGACAAUCAAUUUACCGGCAAAAUGCCAUCUUUUUUGGCCAACUUAACAAGACUUGAGACCCUAGACCUAGCUAAAAAUCAAUUAAUUGGUGUGCUCCCUUCUUGGAUUGCAAAUCUCACACAAUUGGAUUUUCUGGAUCUGGGAUCAAAUGAUUUGCAAGGUUCAUUUCCAACCUCAAUUUCAGGUCUCAAGAAUCUUAGAACUCUCAACCUUGCUGCAAACUACUUUAAUGGUACACUAGAUUUAGACCCGGAUGGAUUAUCACAACUUAAUUAUUUGGAUUUGGGAUUUAAUCAACUUACUGGUGAAAUCCCAUCUUUUUUGGCCAACUUAACUAGACUUCAGAACCUAGACUUAGAUUCAAAUCAAUUAAUUGGUCAACUCCCAUUUUGGCUAAUGAACCUAACCCAACUAAGUUGGCUAACUGUUGCAGGAAAUAGGUUGCAUGGCACAAUUCCAAUUCCAAGCCUUGUGAAUAUUGAAAGUCUUUCCUUGCGUUUAAAUAAUUUUGUUGGCAACGUUGAGCUACAUUCAUUCUUUGUGCUGAAAAAUCUAAAGUAUCUAUACUUAGGGGGAAAUAAUCUGUCAUUGAUCACAAAAAAAAGUAAUAACUCUACUUCUCCAAAGUUUAUUAAUUUAGAUUUGAGUUCAUGCAAUCUAACUGAGUUUCCUGACUUCUUACAGAAUCAAAAUCAGUUAACGUUCUUAGACUUGUCUUUUAACAAUAUGAAGGGCCGGAUACCAAAAUGGUUACUGAACAUUAGCAUAGAAACUCUUGCUUGUAUAAACUUCUCUCACAACUUGCUUACAAAUUUUGUCCAAACUCCAGUUUUUCUUCCAUGGUCUAGAUUACAAGUCUUAAGCAUCAAUUCUAACCAGCUUCAGAGUUCAUCAUUGCCGAUCCCGGUAUCUUCCAUUUUAUAUUAUUCAGCCUCUAAUAAUUCACUGGCAGGAGAAAUGCCAAAAUGGUUUUGCAAAUUGAGUUCCCUUCAAGUACUUGACCUGUCAAACAAUAAAUUCAGUGGCAUGCUUCCUCAAUGGUUGGGAAACUUCAGUGUUUCAUUAUCAGUUCUGAACCUAGAGAAAAACUCAUUUACUGGCACAAUUCCUGAUAUAUGGACAAGAAGUGAAUUAAGGAUGAUAAAAUUGGGUCGAAACAAGCUUCAUGGGAAGAUACCAAAGUCAUUGGCUAAGUGUACAAUGCUAGAAAGUGUUGAUCUCGGAAACAAUCAGCUCAAUGAUACAUUUCCCCUCUGGUUGGUAACACUCUCAGAGUUAGAAAUUCUCAUUAUUCGAUUCAAUCGGUUUCAUGGUACGCUACUAGAGAUUUGUAAAUCUGACUCGGCAUUCCCCAAGUUGCGAAUUAUUGACCUCUCUUCCAAUAAUUUCUCUGGCAAGUUUCCUGUUGAUUGUUUUCUGAGAUGGAAUGCAAUGAGGGUUGUUGAUUCGAAGGUUUUAAAAUACAUGGGAGUAGAUAUAGUAUCCAAAUUUUCAUCCAUGCAUUUUGGUUAUGCUUACUCAAUCAUAAUGACAAACAAAGGUGUAGAAAGGGAAUAUCCAAGAGUGGUAGAGAUUUUCUCAGCUAUUGAUAUCUCAUGCAACAAAUUUGAAGGGGAAAUUCCAGAAUUAAUUGGCAUUUUAAAGGGACUUCGCUCUCUCAACCUUUCCAAAAAUGCUCUCACUGGCCACAUCCCUUUAUCUAUUGUGAACUUGACAAACCUUGAAAAUUUAGACCUUUCUCGAAACAUGCUUUCAGGACCUAUCCCUCAGGAACUGAAACAGCUUACUUUUCUUUCCAAGUUCGACGUAGCAUAUAACCAUCUCACUGGACCUAUACCUCAAGGGAAGCAAUUUGAUACCUUUCCAAAUAAUUCAUAUGAUGGGAAUUCUGGACUUUGUGGUAGUCCAUUGACGAAGUCUUGUGAAUAUCCUGACAGCUCCCCUGCGGCACCUAAACAGAAUCACCAUUCAGGAUUCUUGUUCGAAUUUGGUUGGGAAGUAGUUUUGAUGGGAUAUGGGUGUGGGUUUGUGCUUGGACUUGUGAUUGGACAUUUCGUAACAGAAAGAAAGAAAGGUUGGUUCGCUAAGACAUGUGGGGUUACCUUGCAGAAAAGGCGAAGAAGAUGAAAGAUAUUUUGAUAUGCAUCAAAGGCUUUAGACUUUUAGCUAAAUCUCUGGUACCAAUUGGAUCAUCUAUUCUGAUUUCUGGUAUAUUAUGAGCCAUGAGAUGCUGUAUUAGAAAAUUUUAUUUGUGUCAAUCUUGUAUUUAUCUUCUACCUGUUAUAGUCUCAUAGAAGAUUUCAAAUAUAUCCUGAAAAUAUUAUAUAUAUUGGACUUUCCACCCAUUUCCUGCAAAUAAUUAUAAAUGUAGCUUUCUACUGUU